UUAAUGUACACUGAACCAGGGAAGGAUGUGGUCUUUCUUUUCGAGAGAUCCAGUUAAAGAUUUCAAUUAUGAAAUUUUACCAGAUAAUCAGAGUAAAUCGGGGAUAUGGACUCUACAUCGAGGAAAACGGAAGACAACUGGGGAGCCCGUGUCAAUCUUUUUGUAUGAAGUGGCCCAGGGGACAGAGGAGCAGACACAGCUAGCUAAAGCAGCAUUUAAGCGUAUGAAGACACUAAGACAUCCCAACAUCCUUGCUUAUGUAGAUGGACUGGAGACAGAGAAAAGCCUGUAUGUGGUUACAGAGCCAGUUACACCACUCACUUCACACUUGGACACUCGGGCAGAGAAGGGUGGCUCAGGAGAACUGGAGAUUUCCUGGGGCCUUCAUCAGCUUGUGAAAGCACUUAGCUUUUUGGUGAAUGACUGCCAUCUCCUCCAUAAUAAUAUUGGAACGUGGGCCGUGUUUGUGGAUCGAGCUGGCGAAUGGAAGCUGGGAGGUUUGGAUCAUGUGACCUCAGACCAGGGAGAACCUUCCUCAUUACCCCCUGCCAAAGUGGUGAAUCCAGACCUGCAGAAGUAUGACCCACCAGAGAGUCCUAGCAGUGGAGGAGAGAAGUGGUCAGGAGACGUGUGGAAGCUGGGUUGUCUUAUUUGGGAGGUGUUUAAUGGACCUCUGUCUCGUGCCUCAUCUCUACGAUCUCUCGGAAAGAUCCCAAAGCAACUGGUACCGCACUACUGUGAACUGGUGGGGGCAAAUCCAAAUAUUCGACCCAACCCAGCUCGCUUCCUGCAAAACUGCUGCUCUCCUGGAGGCUUUUUUAGCAACAGCUUUGUAGAGAGUAACCUGUUUCUAGAGCAGAUCCAGAUUAAGGAGCAAGCAGAGAAACAACAGUUUUUCCAGGAUCUGAGUGACAAUCUUGAUUCUUUUCCUGAAGAUUUUUGCAAACACAAAGUUCUGCCUCAGCUUCUCACAGCCUUUGAGUUUGGCAACGCUGGUGCCGUUGUCUUAACACCUCUGUUUAAGGUGGGAAAGUAUUUAACAGCUGAAGAAUAUCAACAGAAAAUCAUUCCGGUCAUAGUGAAGAUGUUCUCCUCUACUGAUCGUGCAAUGAGGAUACGGCUUCUUCAGCAGAUGGAGCAGUUCAUUCAGUAUCUGAAUGAAGCAGCGGUCAAUUCCCAAAUUUUUCCUCAUGUAGUUCAUGGCUUCACAGACACAAAUCCAGCCAUUAGAGAGCAAACCGUCAAGUCUAUGCUGUUACUGGCCCCAAAGCUGAACGAGACCAAUCUAAAUCAAGAGCUGCUGCGGCACUUUGCAAGACUGCAAUCAAGAGAUGAUCAGGGUCCCAUUCGUUGCAACACUACGGUUUGCCUGGGCAAGAUUGCCUCCUACCUCAAUGCUGGGAUGCGACAGAGAGUGUUGACUUCUGCGUUUUCCCGUGCCACUAAAGACCCAUUUCCUGCGUCUCGGGCAGCUGGUGUGCUGGGCUUUGCUGCCACGCACCAUUAUUACAGUUUAAGUGAAUGUGCCACACGUGUCCUGCCAACCCUUUGCCCACUCACAGUGGACCCUGACAAAAAUGUUCGAGACCAGGCAUUUAAGGCUAUUAAGAGUUUCCUGAAUAAGCUGGAGACUGUUUCUGAAGACCCAUCCCAGCUAGCUGAAAUAGAGAAGGAUGUGACUGCGCCUGCACAGGCAAGCAGUUCAGCUGCGACAUGGGCUGGCUGGGCAGUGACAGGAGUCUCCUCUCUUACAUCUAAACUUAUCCGUAAUGCCCCGGCUGGUACCGAGGGGGCUGCAGGUGAAAACACCCCAACACCUCAACCUGCAGCUUCUACCAGUGCUUCAGAUGCAUCAUGUACUGUUCCAGAUACAAAAACACAAACACCUAGAGUUCCUUCAUCGGCUACCGUCACGAACCAGUCGCAGGAUUUGCAUUCUGCUGAAGAGGCAGAAGUUCCAGUGGGAGAUCGAUGGGAUGAUGAGGACUGGGGAAGCCUUGAGGAUCCUGAAAAAGCUCAGACAGACCCAGAUGACUGGAACUCUGAUUGGUCGUCAACACAGAAAAAGAGCAGUCUUGACCGGAAUUCCUCUGCUCCCAUAAAGAAGCAGAGCUCUGAUUGGAGCAGCUCUGGCUGGGAUGCUGAUGACAGUUGGUCCAAUGAGAAGGAUGCAGACGGGCAAGGUCAUAGUUCACCAGCGGAUGAGGGGUGGGGCAAUGACUGGGAAGAAGAUGGGGCACUAGCAGAGAGCUUUACCCCAACAAAGCGGAAUGCUGGUUCUUCUGAAAUUGCUUCUCAGAGCGCCAACAUGAAGGAAGCGAAGGACGACUUACGAUUGGCUAGUGAAUAUAACUGGGACAGUACAGGUGCAAAAGGGACGACGUCUGACCUGUUCUCCAGUGUAUCUCAGAGGGCUGGAUCUGCUCCUACUGCUACUGCUAAUGAUGGCUGGGGAGAAAAUGCUGGAGGUGACUGGGGAACAGAGAACUGGGAGUCACUGGAGGGUGAUCAUGGUCUCAGUAAGGCGGAAUUGGCCAAGAAGAAGCGUGAGGAAAGAAGGAAAGAGCUAGAAGCCAAGCGGGCAGAGCGAAAGGCAGUCAAAGGUCCCCUUAAACUGGGUGCACGCAAAUUGGACUGAGGAGGAAAUUCCAAAAAGGAGUGGAUUUGUGUCUGUGAGCCAGGGUGGAUCAGCAGCUAAACGGAGGCAGAAGUAAACAGGGUCAGUGCUUGAUGUGAAGGAAGCAUUCCAUGAUCCCUUAGAGAUUGGUGAAGCCUACAGCUGUCUUAUUAUUGGCUGGUGGAUGGGGCAGGGUAAAAAAAAACUGACCAUGUUUUUCCACUCUGUCAUCUAAAUAUGCUUAGUAAUGGUCGACACACCCUGAACUAGAAAAUUCUAUUAUUUCCUGCAAUUAGAAUAUUACCAUGUUUCUUUUUAUAUUGCAUACAGUAUUAGUAUAUCGUGUAUGCAUGGAGAAUGUUGGCACAAGACACUGGGAGUCUAACACUUUUUUUAUAUUAAAAAAAUGUAUAUGUAACUCAACCUAGAUAUUUGUAGUAUGUGUGUAUGUUGAAUAUACACUUCAUACUGUGUACUUGAGCUUUGACGGGAUGUUGAUUAUGGUUGAUGACAGACUGAAAACUGUUUAUUAACUUUUUAGCAGUUACAGUCCUGUCACAUGAUGAAUCUACAUUAUUCCAGUGCAUGCAUUAUCAUGUGCGGUACAUAAAGAAAAUGACACAGUAUUGUACAUAUGACUGCUUCUGUCACAUGAAUUUUGGCCAGACGAGUGGUGAUGAGAAGCUUCCUCUUUUUUUUUGGUGCCUUUUUCUCUCCUCUUGGUUUGGGCUGGGAUAUAUUAACAUGUUAAACAAUCAAAUGUUUUUAAACUUUACUUUUAUGAGAUUCUUUUGGUCUGAUUUUCACUUGUAUGAUCUAGUGCAAUAGGGCAAUAUCUACACAGGAACAAUUAAUGUAUUAUGUUGAUAAAAUAAAAACAAGUUCUUAAAGUAGCUUGCCUUAUCAAAUGUACUUUACUUUCCUGCCGAUUACAUAAAUGCAGUGUAGAUCACUCUCGGCUGAGCUGGACAAAAUGGCAGUAUAAAAACAAGAAAGAAAAUAGAAACUUGCCCCAAAAUAGUGGAAGGCUUCUAUCUCCUA